AUGGGUUGUUCUAAAAAUGUCAUUGAAAAAGAGGAUGAAGAUGUCGAUGACAUUGACAUUGACUAUUACGCUGUCGAUGUCAAUAUCGAUGUUGACAUAGACUAUUAUGCUGACGAUGACGAUGACGAUGUCGAUGACAUUGACAUUGAUUAUUAUACUGUCGAUAUCCAUGCCGACGUUGACAUUGACUAUAACGAUGACGAUGACGAUGUCGAUGACAUUGACAUUGACUAUGACUAUUAUAAUGUCGAUUUCCAUGUCGACGUUGACAUUGACUAUUACGCUGUCGAUGACAUUGACAUUGACUAUUAUAACGUCGAUUUCCAUGUCGACGUUGACAUUGACUAUUACGAUGACGAUGACGAUGUCGAUGACGUUGACAUUGACUAUUAUAAUGUCGAUUUCCAUAUCGACGUUGACAUUGACUAUUAUGCUGUCGAUGACAUUGACAUUGACUAUUAUAAUGUCGAUUUCCAUGUCGACGUUGACAUUGACUAUUACGCUGUCGAUGACGUUGACAUUGACUAUUAUAAUGUCGAUUCCCAUGUCGACGUUGACAUUGACUAUUACGAUGACGAUAACGAUGUCGAUGACAUUGACAUUGACUACUGCGCUAGGAUACCUCUAUAUAGAGAUAGUUGGAAAGCACUUGUUUAUGAUGGAAUCAUUGCUAUGUUGCAAGAUGAACUUUGA